AUGGGCGACUUCAAAAUUGAAAAUGUGUUGUUCCAUUUUGAAAACAGCCUACAUGGUGACGAAGAUGUUCGAAUUGUGGAUUAUUUGAAAGCUUACGAGGAACUUAGCAGGUAUAUAUACAAACACACUAUCAGAUACAUAUGAUUACAGAUUAUUUGCAGAACUAGGAGUGGUUUUCGGGUUUGUAGAGUCAGAUGUAACCGAAAAACGGAAAAUUUUAACGGAUUUGCACAGUAAAGACCAAACUUCUUAUUCUACAGUGAUCACCAUGGUGUCUAAUGAAUGCGAAGACUCAAAGAAUCCGAAGGAAAAAGGAUCCAGGACGCUACUGCGGCUACACAGGGCUCUUGAGUUUCUGAUACUCUUCGUGAAGAAUAUAAAGGACAUGGAUACGGACAGCACUACUGAAAUGUUCAGAGCCAGCUAUCAAGCCACGCUCUCUCAGCAUCAUACUUGGUUGAUACGAAAAUCUGUCGGGUUUGCUGCUGCCAUGGUUCCUCCGCGACCGAAAUUGGUGGAGAUUAUGUUCAACGAACAUCAAGAUACAGAAGCUUUAGAGAGGACGUCGACCAAGUUCUUGGAGGUGUCUACUACUGUUUAUGAACGUGUGCAAAAUGUCUAUAGCGAGCGAGGCUUACUUAAUUUAUCUUAG